AUGGCCCUCGUGCGCGAUCCGUACUUUUGGAAGCGCUUUUCAACAGCAGUGCAUCUCGACGAAGAAGCGAAGGGCACACCUGAGGCUGAAAUCAUCACACCAAUCACCGAAAAAGCACAAGACUCCUGGCUAGAACGCGAGCGUCGGAAAAGCAAGAAGUCUCUGAUCUGGGGCUUCAUCAUCUUCUUCUGUAUCGUCCUCCUUGUCACUGGUGGAGUGAUCGUGUGGUGGCUCAGCAAGCACCACUGGCUUCAAAGCAUCGAGCCAUGA